UUUUAUCUUCUUUUUAAGCAAUAUAAAGAUAUAUUUAUCUAUCUUAUUUACUUCCUCCGUCCCAAAAUAAGUUUCCUUGAUUUAGUACAAUUCGUAUGAAGUAUCUUCCUCAAGUUAGUUGUAUUUAUUUGCUUUUCAUUUGAGCAAUUUUUAAAAUUUCAUAAUACUUGUAAUGUAAUAAUUUGAACAAUUUUUAAAGAAUUUAAAAUAAUCUUAUUUUUAAGUAGAAGCACCCAGAACUAUUUUCCCCGGCUCUUAUUCCCUUCGAGUAACAUUUUUCAUCCCUCAAAAAAAAGUAUCUAUUUUUCCUCACAUUUUCCUUUCUCUUAACAUGUCAGUUAGUUUUUAGACUAGCAUGUCAAUUAGUUUUUUUCUGAGACGCACAUGUCAAUUAGUUAACCAGUUUAUUUGCAAAAAAAAAUUGUUAACCAGUUUACAAAAAGGUUACCGGAAAUUCAGUCCCGCCAUUUUUUUCUUAUCUCCCUCCAUUUUUCCCACGUCAACGAUUCCCCUCCAUCUAAAAAAUAAAAACUGAAACUGCUCGGUUGUUCCACAAAAUCUGCCCCUCAUCUACCUGAUCACCACGCGCACGGUUCCAUCUUUCCCCAUCGACGCCUCCACUCAUCACGAACCCCGCCGUCGUUGGAAAGCUCGUAUUCCUCGACGCGCCAUCUCUCUCCACCAAGCAGCCGUCUGUCGCCGCCCUCUCUCCACCUAGCUGUGCCGCGGGCGAGCCUUCUGCAUGUCGUUGCUGCAGAGGAAUGCCACCCUGUAUGGUAGGUCGCGCCUCCGGUGGCAGCGUGACCGACCACGCCACGGAGGCGAUGCAGCUCGUCGUCCCCAAUCCGAUUGAUGUGCUCACCUACCUCGCGUGGAAGAUCUCCGAGUUCCCAGGGUGCCGCGUGAUUGGCUCCGACACCAACCUCCACUCCUCUAAGUCCAGAUUCCUCAUCGCCGAGCACCUCGACAUCAAUGUGCAGGACGUGCAGGAGCCUCCCCUGCAUUGUCUUCUCUUUUUCGCCCUCCUCUUCUCAGUAGACCAUGAAGUACACAUCUGCAGUAAGCAUCUCACAGCUGCACUUCCAUCCUUAUGUCAUGCAACUUAUACUACUAAUCGUAGAAUUGUCGUGUCCCAGGAUCGGAUUGGAAGUGGAGGCAGAGGCGAACCGAGGGGGACGAGGUCAAGACUAUUAGCUCGGAUAGAUCUGUGUAUUACACAAAAGUAGCUCCGUUCUGAUAUAUGCAUGCAGAAUUGCAUACACAUGCUUCUGAAAACAGUGUAAUAUGAAACUUUUACUUAAGGGUCUACUUUCAGGCUUUCAGCAAUAUUCUGUAUUUAAUCUGUAAAAUAGUCGUGUCCUGGAAAUGCAAUAUUGAUAGAAUAUAAGAAAGUGAAGAGACAAUAGAA